ACGACGACGACGACGUCGACAGCGGCGGCGACGACGACGACGUCGACAGCGGCGGCGACGACGACGUCGACAGCGGCGGCGACGACGACGACGACGUCGACUACGACGUCGACAGCGGCGGCGGCGACGACCCCGACGGCGUCAGCCGAAACGGCGACGACGACAGAGGUGACGGCCGACACGGCGACGACGAUGACAACGGCGAUGCCAACAGGACUCGUAACAUUAAGUACUUUAGAUCUUGAAAAGAUAAUUCAUGCGGCAUUCGCUCGAGGAAGAGGGAGAGGCAGAGGAAGAGGGAGAGGACGAGGAAGAGGAAGAGGAAGAGGAAGAGGACGAGGACGAGGAAGAGGUAGAGGUGGUCGCGGGACGAUAAUAAGAGGAGGGGGGAGGGGCAUUCAAGUGCACAAUCAUAAUUAUUACUAUAACAAUUAAAGCAUUAUAUGGAUAAUAUGAGUAAAAGAAUAAAUAUAUGUAAAAAAUA